ACCUGCUCUGCUCCUCAGCCCCAGCCCAGGCCUUCGCUCUCGCUGCCCUGAGCCCUCCGCGUUCCCCGCCCGCCACGCGAUGCCGGCGUGGGCCGAAGCGGCGCUCGUGCUCGCCUCACCAUCCCCCGCCACCGCCUCCUCGACCACGUCAUCAUGUGGCGCCAGGCCGCGCGCCGCCGUGGGGUCCGUCAGGCUCUUCUGCAAGGGAUUCCCUUGUAGCAUUCGUUCCAAAGCUGGAUUCCAGAUUCAUAAUUACCGUACAAGGAUGUUUAAGAUUAAAGCAAAAGCAGAAUCUGGUGAUGGCUACACACGGCUUGCUCCACUUAGAUUUGAAUCUCCAAGUGGCCAGCUUCUGAUUCAAAUACUACAAUCACACCCUCAUCUUAUCCCUGCAACAGUUGAUCAGCAACUUGAAAAUCUUCAAUCAGAGAAAUCUGCCCAAAGUGAAGAAGCCUCAAAAGUUCCCCAGGACCUCCUCUACAAGAGAAUUGCAGAAGUCAAAGAGAAGGAAAGGCAAAAUGCCUUAGAAGAGAUUAUCUACUGUUGGGUUACAUAUAGGUUCAUGGAAAAUGACAUAUAUAUGACACCUGCAUUAUCACCAGGGGGUGGCCCUGUACGUGACAUAUCCGCAUUGCCUAAUCAAGAAGACAAAUUGCGAAACAUACACUCCGCAGACGCCUUUGAGAUGAUACAAAACCAUCUCAAUCUUAUCAUGGGAGAAAAGAUAGCAUCACCGCCCGAUACUGUUGUUGAGAUCAGCAACUUGAAUCUUGGAAAGCUGUAUGCAGCAUCCAUCAUGUAUGGUUACUUUCUGAAGAGAGUGGAUGAGCGAUUCCAACUUGAGAAAACUAUGAAGACUCUCCCACCAAAGCCCAACCAGCAGAUAGUAUUUGAAAACCUACAGCCUAAUCCAUUCUGGGAUAUGGAGUCCUUAGUACAGAUUACACCUGAUGGGGAGGAGAUAAGUUUGGACGAUGAAAAAUCAAAUCCAAACAAGUUGAGGUCUUAUGUCUCACAACUGGAUGCUGACACAUUGCAAAGAUAUGCUACUAUCAGAUCGAAGGAAGCCGUCUCACUGAUCGAGAAGCAAACUCAGGCGUUGUUUGGACGGCCAGACAUCAAAGUAUUGGACGAUGGUUCGGUCAAUGCAAAGGAUGGCAGAAUGAUAACAAUCACAUUUACAGAGCUCAAUCAUCUGGUCUUGGAGGCAGUUGCUUUCGGUUCCUUCCUUUGGGAAGCUGAGAGUUACGUAGAAUCAAAAUACCAUUUUGUCAACAGUUGAAUGUGCCUUUUCUUAUUUGAAUUUUGGAAAUGGUUUGUGUACAUGUGAUAGGGUAGGAUCCAUAUCUGAUCUAUUUUUUCAGUGUAUUCAUGGUUCUUGCUCGCUAUCAGUAACAGCCAAAGCAUCACCACCCAUGAACCAUGCCUGUAACAGGUUUGAGAUUUUUCAUCAAAGGAAGCGGGCCUGAUCCAUAGUGUAAUCUAA